AUCAAUCAGCUCACACACACGACCUCCGUUCAUCAGCACGGUAGCCAAGGCACGCUCUACUCAUCUUAGCUCUCGACGCGCCACUGCGGUCUUCGCCGUCCGGCCAGCUCGAGCGCUCGCCGCACAACACGUACAAUGGCGUCACAGCAGCAAGCCAGGAAGCAGCAGCAGGCCGGCAAGGGCCACGAGGAGGCGGCUGGCCAAGGCCAAGGCCAGGCGAUGAACCUGGAGGAGAUCGGCAAGUACCGCGCCGAGGCGCAGCAGCGGUCGGCGGACGCCAUCCGCGCCGCCGAGGACCGGUUCAACAAGGCCAACAACAACAACCAGCAGGCGCGCGGCGACGGGGCGCACCACGUGACCGCCACCGCGAAGCAGGGGGAGAGCCAUGGCCACGGUAGCCACGGCUCUGAGUCCGAGGCGCAGCAGUGGCUGGCGGACGCCGCGGCCGAUGCCAGGGAGAGGUGCAACAAGGCCAUGGGGACGACCCCCGCCGCCGCCGCGCACGGAGGCAAUACGGCGUCGGCCGGCGGCGCGGCUCCACACCACCAGCAAACCAAGAACGAGCAGGAGGGUGGCCGCCAAGCCCGCGGCCAUCUGACGAGGCAGGACGAGAUGGGGAAGCACGGCAGCGAGGCGCAGAAGAGCUCCACGGCCGAGGCCGCACGUGCCGCUGUGGAGAAGCACGACGACGAGGGCGGGGAGACCGGCGGCGCGACCGCGGGACACGGCGUGAAGGACACGGCGGCGCGCGCGGCUGGCGCCACGGCGGAGAAGACCCAGGAGGCCACGGGGACGGCGGCCGACUACACCAAGCAGACGGCCGCGAAGGUGAAGGAUGUCACUGCCGGUGCGGCCGGGACGGCGGCGGAGUACGCGAAGCAGGCGGCGGUGAAGGCCAAGGACGUGACGGUGGGCACCGGGGAGACGGCGGCGGAGUACGCGAAGCAGGCGGCGGUGAGAGGCAAGGAGGUGACGGUGAGCACCGGCGAGACGGCCGCGGAGUACGCCAAGGCCGCGGCUGAGAGGGCCAAGGAGGCGGCGGCGGCGGCAGCGAAGACGACGGCCGGGUACACGCAGCAGGCGGCGGUGAAGGCCAAGGACGUGACGGUCUCGACGGGCGCGCAGGUGGCGCAGAAGGCGACGGAGGUGACGGCCGACACCGCGCGCAAGGUGGCGGAGUACGCCAGGGAGAAGGCGGAGCAAGGCAAGGAGCGCGCGGCCCGCGCCGUCGACCAGGCGGAGGAGCCAGGCCGCGGCGCAACCGCGCAGCAGGCCCAGGAGUCGGCGUCGCAGACGGCGGACAAGGCUCGCGACAUGACCGGACAGCAGCAACAGGACAGUGCCACGGGCACCGCCGGCGACAUGGCGCGUAAGGCCGCGGACACGGCCGUGCAGGCCAAGGAGAAGGUGAAGGGGGCAGCCGUGUCCGUGUUGCAUAAGGCGGGUGACACCGCCGGACAUGCCAAGGAGACGGCGAAGGACACCACAUGGCGCGCGGAGGAGAAGGCAGGAGAAGUGAAAGAAAGUGCGUCAGGGACUGGCGGUGGCGGUGCGACGACGACGGCGACGACGACGAAGGCGAAGGGUGGCGACGACGAAGGCACGACGGUAGUGGGCGACGUCCUGGAGGCGGUGGGCGCGACGGUGGUUGGGCUCGCGCAGCACGCCAAGGGGAUCGUGGCUGGCGAGGAGGAGCUCGUCCCCGUCGGCGGCGAGAAAGGGGAGGUCACCGGAGGAGCCAAGGAGGAGAAGCGCAAGCUCGCUUGAUGGAAUGAUGACGUGGAGCCGUUGCUCUGCUUUCUUUUGGGAUCCCUGUACUGUACUGCCUUUUGCGACACGUUCAGCUGUGUAUAGUAGUAGAAUAAUAACGUUGCUACUGUACGGGUGCUCCCCUGCGGGGUGUGAAGUACGAUAUACUACGAAGUAUAGUGUUUUUAAUGUAUGACAUGCGAGUUUUUGUACUUUUUUAUGGUGUAGUGAAAUAACGGUUACGGUUUGGUGGGGAAGUCGUGCUAAAUAGGAUCUGAACCUAAUCUUACUUUAAGAGGU